AUGAGCCGGCUUUUAGCUAAGUGGUUGCGGUCUGACGGCCAGGGCCCUCACUACUGUACGCUAUGCAAGCAGAGCUUCCCCACCGCCGCUACUCUCGACCAACACCGGCGCGACAAGUGGCGAUGCUCUCAGGCCACUGAAUCUGCUGUGCUGGCAGCGAAUGCUGCACAUACUGCCCAUGCCGCUGACGCUGCUGCACACUCUGCCGUUGCUGCACGGUCUGCCAUUGCUGCGCGUUCAGCAAUACUCUCUGUCUCUGCUCCUACCGCUCGUGCCUUUGCCGCUCCAGACUGUUCCGAAACUGCUAGAACGACCCACGCUGCUGCCGGGUCAGUGAAUUCGACAGCAGCAGUUGCGGCUGCUGCAGCACUGGCGGCGGUGGCUGCACUGGCAGCAGGGAGAGGAGGAAGAGGAGGAGGAGGGGUGGGUGGAGGCGGAAGGGAGGAGGGAGGGGGAGGGGGAGGGAGAGGGAGAGGAGGAGGGGGAAGGGGAGGGGGAGGGGGAGGGGAAGCAUCAGCACUCUCAAUAGCAGCAUUUGCAGCUGCUACAGCUGCUGCGGCGGCGGCUGCUAGAAGGGUAGGCGAGCAGGCAGGGGGGGGCAUGGGAGAAGUGAGAGGGGAGGGGUUCGGAAAGGUGUGGAGAGGGUUAGAAGGGGCGAGGUUUGGGAGAGGGUGGGAAGGAUUGGGAGAGGAGAGGCAGGCGGUAGGUAGGAGUGACUCCAGAGGCAGUGAUUCCUUCUGGCACCAACUCUCAGCAAGAGAACACUCAGGAGCAGGAGCAAAUGUGAAUAUAAAGCGAGAAUGCGACUCUGCCCGCCUACCUGCCCCCAGCACUGGGAUUGCAGCUGGCAGGGAAGAAGACCAAACGAGCUCUGCAAGUGCUGCUUCUCCUCCAAGUCUCACCACUCAACCACCUGUAUCAUCGCUCAACGCUCUUAACACACUCACGUUAUCACUGCUGGAUGCCGAAUCGCUCAUCCCCAGGCUUCCUUCUGUCACACCCUCCACCAUCCUUGCCGCCCAUCUCCUCUCUUUGGCGUCACACCAGACAACUGCUGCCGUCCGGCGCCUCCAACAGCCAGCAGCAGGAUCCGAGACAUCACAAAUCACAGCUGCUGCUAUUCAGCAAUACAAACAGCUAUUAGCAGCUGCUGCUACUGAGCGCCAAAUCCCUUCCAUAUCUUCUCCUUCCACACAUUCCCCCCACACAGCCCUUCGCUUUGACCUCCUGCGAUCUCUACUAGAUCUAAACGCAUCUCGUCCGUCCCUUUCUUCCGAACCUUCACACACUGCAGGUUCGGAACGGCACGUUCCGACCCAGAUGCCUUCUGAACCUGAUCAUAACUUGGCACAAAGAAGCAUUCCGGACUUACAGCUGCGGGGGCAGGAGAUUUCCCAGGCUGUUCUGCUGGCGCUUCUGGCGCAGGUGAAGUCUCAGGAGAUUUCCCAGGGCCGUGAGGCCUCUCAUGAGAAGCACAACCAGCAGCAGCAGCAGCAGCAGCAGCAGCAGCAGCAGCAGCAGCAGCAGCAACAACAAGAACAACAAAUUCAGCAGCAUGUGAAGCAGCAUCACAUGGGUCCUUCUAUUGGUCAUGCUAUGGGAUGUCCUAUGGGACACCCUUUGGGUGAUCCCACACAGUUGCCCAAUGAGUCACAGCGAGCUGCCCUGAGGAGAAGUGCGAGUGUGGGGGGAGAGGACCAGAAUUAUGACCGUGCUGGUAUGAUUGGUGAUUCAGAUGAUGCAUCUGCGGGAGAGCAGCAUAAGCUGGGCCCUUCUAUUGGUUAUCUUAUGGGUUAUCGUCUGGUUGAUCCCUCACAUAUGCACGAGGAGUCACAGGAAGCUGCCCUGAGGAGAGGUGCACGUGUGGGGGGAGGGGACUGUAGGGAUGGCCGUGCCGAUGUGUCUGCUGCGGCUGCUACGAGUGAUGCUGGUAUGGAUGAUAUGGGUGGUGUGGGUGGCAUGGAUGGUCGGGAUGGUGGGGAUUGGGUGGAUGGUGGGGAUGGUGUGGCUGGUACACAUGCUAUGGAGGCUCGUGUUGGCAUGGCUGGUCGUUCUGCUAUGGCUGCUGUGGUAGGUGCAGGUGGCUCUGGGCGAGUGAGCACGGGAGCUAAUGUGGGAAGCGGUAGUGUGGGGAGCGGUGGAGUGGGAAGCGGUGGUGUUGGGAGUGGUGGAGUGGGGAGCGGAGGUGUGGGGAGUGGAGGCGUGGGCAGCGGUGGUGUGCAAAGGGAUCGAGUGGCGAUCAACUUAAAGUGGGGCAGGAGUGUCACUAAUGGGAGUGACAGCAUUGAAUGGCGGGAUGCUGUUCUUGAGGGUAGAGCCCUUGAGGGUGGAGCUUCGGCGGGUGCAGCUUCGGGGAGUGCAGCUUCGGGAAUUGGAGCUUCGGGGAGUGGAUUCCUGGGAGGUGGAGCUGUAGAUGGGGGGCCUUUGCAGUCCGGCGCUGCUGCUGGCGCAGGCAGCAGCCCUCACGGAUGGCACACGGCCCCGUCCGGGCCGUCCCCCAGGAAACGCCCCAGGGAUAUUGCAGGCAUGUCGGACGACCGGCUAGGUGCGGUUCCCUUGGGGGGGAGUGCCACAGGGUUUGUUCCCACUGCUCGUGCUGCCACAGUGAAGCAGGAGGGGACGGUGGCAGGGGCAGGGCUAUGGGAGAGUGGAUCAAGCCAGCAGCACCCGGCGCCUGCACCGCUGUCCCCCUUAAUUCCAUCUGCACACCCUGCUGGUGGUGGUGCAGCGGAAGGGAAACAGGAGCAGGAGGAGGCAGCAGCAGGGCUAAGAGAGAGUGGACUGAUCCAGCAGCACCAGGCACAAGCGCCACUGCCCUCCUUGCUUCGUCCACAGGCACAGGCACAGGCACAGGCACAGGCACAGGUUCAAUUGACAGGCCCUAGCAGUGCUGGCACUCGUGCGGGUGCAGAAAUGCAGCAGGAGCAGGGGGGUUCAGGGGAAAGCCCACGGGGCAUUGGAAAUUUCCAGCAGCAGCAGCAGAAGCCGAUGUCGCCCCCAACCAUUGAGAGCAGGAGAGGUCAGUGGAACCCAGUGGCGCUCUUGUCCCCUGAGAGUGCUAAGAGUCACCACUGGCAGCAACAACUUUCUUUUUCCCCUAAGAGUGGGAAUUAUUACCAGCAGCACCAGCCGUCACGUUCUCCUGAAAGUGAGUGUGAAAAGGGCUUCCGGUACCAGCCGUCGUUCUCGCCUGACUUGAGCUCUUUCCAGCGCAUCUCCCUCGUCAGCCCGCCUCGCUCCUCCGCCAUUCCCCCUCCCCCCUCCAGUUCUCCCCCUUCCAACACUCCUCACCCGAACGUGCUACCCCCUUCCACCAUGCCUCCCACUUCCGCCAUGUCUCCCCCUUCCACCAUGCCUCCUGGCUCCCUUGUGCCUCCUCCCUCUGACGUCCCUCCUCUGUCUGACAUCCCACCUGCCCCCAACAUCCUUUCAGCCAAUAGCACAAGCUCUCCUUUGCUAGAGCCUCCGCAUUUCCAGCCCCCACCAACUCUUCCUCCUUCUCUUCCUCAUCCUCCUCCUCUUCGUCACAGUUCCCCUUCACAUAUUUUCACACCAGUCCAUUGGCCCCCUUUCACCCCUCAUCGCCCUUCUAAUUUCAAUGUAAAGCAAGAACCAGUACGGGAUGUGCUUAUAAUGGGGACAGAUGCAGUACCAGUGAGUCUGAAAGAAGGAAACCAUUUGGGGGUUCGUUCUUUAGGGGGCGUUAUGUCAGAGGCUUCUGUUGCUGGCGCCAGAAGCAAAAACGCGGGCACAGAAGCAGCGCCAGCAGGCGCAGCAAGUGCUGCAGGAGCAGCAGGAGAAGAAUGGAAGAACACAGGAGCCGCUGCAGGAGGUCCAGGGGCACUUGCAAGAGCAGCAGCAGAUUCAGCAGCAGUAGCUGUGGGACGAAACGCAGAAGCAGGGGUGGGUGACACAGCCAAGGAAGGGCGUUCUCCACUCCAAGACUACAGGUUGUCGGACUUUAGCGAGUCUCACUCUACAUCGGUGCUGCUUUGGGGCGUGGAUCUCAGCCGUGAUACCUAA